GAAACAAAAAGGUCCAUUAAGACCAUCAGAUAAGCCAGGAACCGGCCCCUUCGCGUCAGUCAGUGUUCCACAUCUGAGGAGUGUUAUUUUUCGAGAUGUUUGUGCUGAUACCAGUGAAUGUAGAGGAAGGGUGUCGAAAAGAGAAAGAAAGGAGGGGAUGAGGUUCAGUCUUGAAGAAUACCACGUUCCUUAUCCUCCCCCCUUAUCUGUGUCACCCCCUCAUGCAUGUUCAUGCAUCAUAUAAGACAGUGACGCAAACCCAAGUACUGUAUGAAGCUCCUGCUGCUGCUUGUCCUGAUUUGACAGAGCGUGGAGGUUGGAGAGAUACCGUCUCUUUCACACACUUUACACAUUGUCUGUUUCUUUCCUAUUGCCAAUAGAUCCAGAUUAUCACAAACCAGAGGUCUCAGGGCCAGAAACAAUUCAAACAGUGCACACACACACACACACUCACACAACAGAGUAUCCUGUGAUAGAACCACUAUCAGCACCUGACACCUCGAAAACAGGAAAAACGUUUCAGCAGGAACACAGAUGUGUAGGAUUGUUGGGAGGAGGAGCAUAAACACGACUAUAUAACCCAUGCAGACAGAAAUCUCAACUUCACUCUGCUGAGGAAGGAGUGGAACUCCCAUCAUGUCAUACUAUGAGCACAUCGUCUUGGAUUACGACUACAAUGACACAGGCUCUGGUUCUGGUUCUGGUUCUGGAGACCUCGGGGUGGAACUCGAGGAGCCCUGUGAGGUGGAGCACAUAAUGACUACUGACCUGCAGCAGGUGUUCUUGCCUGUGGUCUACGCGCUCAUCUUCACCCUGGGCAUCACCGGAAACGGCCUGGUCGUCAUAGUGCUGGGCUGCCAACGCAGAUCAAAGUGCAGCCUCACAGACCGGUAUCGCCUCCACCUCUCAGCUGCAGAUCUCCUCUUUGUUCUGGCACUGCCAUUCUGGGCCGUGGAUGCAGCCAUGGCUGACUGGCGCUUCGGAGCAGUCACCUGCGUUGGUGUGCACGCUAUCUACACGGUCAACCUGUACGGCAGUGUGCUCAUCCUGGCGUUCAUCAGCUUGGACCGCUACCUGGCAGUAGUCCGAGCCACGGACACCAACACUGGUGGGCUGAGGCAGCUGCUGGCACACAGACUGGUUUAUGUGGGUGCCUGGUUGCCUGCUGCCCUCUUGGCAGUGCCUGACUUGAUAUUUGCUCGGACUCAAGAAGGAGGAGAAGGGGCCACCCUUUGCCAGCGAUUCUACCCAGCAGACAACGCUCCUCUUUGGGUUGCAGUCUUCCACUUGCAGCUGGUCCUGGUGGGUCUGGUGAUUCCAGGCCUUGUCCUCCUGGUGUGCUACUGCGUCAUUGUCACCAGGCUGACCCGAGGCCCCCUGGGGGGCCAGAGGCAGAAGCGUCGAGCGGUCAGGACCACCAUCGCAUUGGUUCUCUGCUUCUUCGUGUGCUGGCUGCCCUAUGGAGCAGGCAUCUCUGUGGACUCCAUGCUGCGCCUGGAGGUCCUGCCCCGCAGCUGUCGCCUGGAGGCCAUCCUGAGUGUGUGGCUAGCGGUGGCUGAGCCCAUGGCAUUUGCACACUGCUGCCUAAAUCCACUGCUGUACGCCUUUCUGGGGGCUGGGUUCAAGAGUUCGGCCCGCAGGGCCCUCACACUGAGCCGAGCCUCUAGUUUGAAGAUCCUACCACGAAGACGCCCCGGGGCCUCCACGACCACAGAGUCUGAGUCUUCCAGUUUACAUUCCAGCUAGUGUUUGCUUGUGCUGUAUCUAUGUGUAUACAUUGUGUGUAUAUAUAUGUAUAUAUGUAUAUAUAUGUGUGUGUGUGUGUGUGUGUGUGUGUGUGUGUAAGAGAGAGAGAAAGUGAGAAGCAGUCUGCUGGUCCAUGACUUGUCUUCUCCCUCACUGUGGGGUUCACUGUUAUUAGAUUUGUUUUGUGCUGCAGUACUUGUUAUAUACUGUGUUUGUAAUAAACUAAACAAAAUACCAA